GGAGCGGUAAAGGUCUCUCUAGAAAAUAUCCAUCGUUUGUCAGGAUCAAUUGUGCCUGCACUUUUGCCUCUCUCUCUUUUUUUAUUUUUUGUUAUUUAUUUUUUUGUCCCCUCCCUUCUACAAAAACCACAAAGCUCAGCACGUGUAGUUUUCACCAGCAGUCCGGAUAUGAAAGCCGUUUCACUCUGGAUUCGCAGAAGUGCUUCUUGCAAAUGAGAGCAGCUCAGGACUAAAGAGACAGACUUCCCCCUGGGGUUACCGGCAUGAUGUGUGCGUUAACUGGUAACAUCACAGACGUCAUUUGGGGCUUUCUUCUGCCAGGUUAAUUCCAGCUUUGAAACCAGUUUAACGCAUAUGAAAAGGGCUGAUACUGGCUCACAUCGUCUAAUCAACUCGGUCUGUCUCAGGUCACUUGCUGUGUGUGUGCACUUUGAUCCCAGGUGACACCGUGACAAUCAGGUGCCUGUCAAAUACCUAGAACCUCAGCUUAAAUCCAGUAAGAUGUUUGAUUCUAAGCGAGUACAUGCCGGAUCGAACGGGACUCUUUGAGAACUGGUUUUAUUUUAUGCAGCUUACCUACUGCUUUGAUGGAAUUAUUGUUUGAGAGUGACCUGCUGAAGAAGGAGGUGAUCUUUGGGUGGCGACGGACAAAGUAGCCGGCAAGCUGAGUUCGACUCUUUCAUGGGUGAAGAACUCAGUGUCGCACACGGUCAGUCAGAUGGCUAGCCAGGUGGCCGCUCCGUCCUCACUGCAUACGAUGGUGGGAUCGUCCACCGUCUCGCUGUCCUCGCCGGGCCUCUCUCCCUCAACUCCGUCCUCCACACAGCUUAGCCCAGAUGAUGUGGAGUUACUUGCCAAGCUUGAGGAGCAGAACAGGUUGUUGGAGACGGACAGUAAAUCGCUGCGCUCGGUGAACGGCUCUCGGAGAAACAGCGGCUCCUCACUGGUGUCCAGCUCCUCGGCCUCUUCCAACCUCUCGCACCUGGAGGAGGACUCGUGGAUCUUAUGGGGGCGUAUCGUCAACGAGUGGGAGGAUGUGCGCAAGAAAAAAGAGAAACAGCUGAAGGAACUGGUCAGGAAGGGCAUCCCGCAUCACUUCCGGGCGAUAGUCUGGCAGCUUCUCUGUAGUGCCCAGAAUUUGCCCAUAAAGGACCAGUACUCGGAACUGCUGAAGAUGACGUCACCGUGCGAGAAGCUGAUUCGCAGAGACAUCGCCCGCACAUACCCCGAGCACGAGUUCUUUAAGGAGAAGGACAGCCUUGGUCAGGAGGUGCUCUUUAACGUCAUGAAGGCCUACUCACUGGUGGACAGGGAAGUAGGAUACUGCCAGGGGAGCGCAUUUAUUGUCGGCUUGCUGCUCAUGCAGAUGCCAGAAGAGGAGGCAUUCUGUGUUUUUGUGAAGCUCAUGCAGGAAUACCGUCUGAGGGAACUGUUCAAACCCAGCAUGGCGGAAUUGGGUCUCUGCAUGUACCAGUUUGAAUGUAUGAUUCAGGAGCAACUGCCUGAGCUGCACAUUCAUUUCCAGGCCCAGAGUUUCCACACCUCCAUGUACGCCUCAUCGUGGUUCCUUACCAUCUUUCUCACCUCCUUUCCUCUUCCUGCUGCUACAAGAAUCUUCGACAUAUUUGUGUGUGAGGGUUUGGAGAUAGUGUUCCGGGUCGGCUUGGCCAUCCUUCAGAUGAAUCAAGCAGAACUCAUCCAGUUAGACAUGGAGGGCAUGUUACAGUACUUUCAAAGAGUAAUCCCUCAUCAGUUGGACAGUGGACCAGACAAAGUAAUCCAAGUCGCCUAUCAAGUCAAGUACAACGCCAAGAAGAUGAAAAAGUUAGAGAAGGAGUACACUACUAUAAAAACCAAGGAAAUGGAGGAACAAGUGGAGAUAAAGAGACUUCGAACAGAGAACAGGCUGCUGAAACAGAGGAUAGACACUCUGGAAAAAGAAAGUGCUUCCUUGGCAGAUAGAUUGAUCCAGGGUCAGGUGACGCGAGCCCAGGAGGCAGAGGAGAAUUACCUGGUCAAGCGGGAGCUGGCCACGGUGAAACAGCAGUGCGAGGAGGCCUGUGCGCAGCUUGAGCAGGCCCAAGGCCUCAUCAGACAGCUCCAACAGCAGCAGCCUGUGAAGGGGAACCCUCGCUACUCUGAGGAUUCCAUCCUGCAGUUGGAGAGAGAGCUGGUCCAGGCUCGACUCAAAGAGGCAGAGUCUCAGUGUGCCCUCAAAGAGAUGCAGGACAAAAUCCUUGACAUAGAGAAGAGGAACACUGCACUGCCGGACGAGAGUAACGUGGUGCGCCUUCAGGAGGAGCUGAUAGCUGUAAGGAUAAGGGAGGCCGAAGCUCUGACUGGCCUCAAAGAGCUGAGACAGCAAAUCAGAGAUCUGGAGGAGCAUUGGCAGAGGCACCUGGCACGUACAGCUGGCCGCUGGAAGGACAGUCCACGGAAAAACUCAACGAACGAACUUCAGGAUGAACUGAUGAGCGCGAGACUUCGAGAGGCAGAAGCCCAAGCUGAGCUCCGUGAAACCAGGCAGAGACUACUGGAACUAGAGACACAGAACCAAAUCCAUAACAACCAACUGCGGCGAGCUGAGCAAGAGUCACGCAGUUUGCACGAUCGUUUGCAGAUUUUGAGCUCACAGAAUAAAAUGCUGCACUCAGAGCUGCAGGAAUCCAAACGCAAGCAGGCAGAGAUUGAGUGUAAGAAUAAAGAGGAGGUGAUGGCCGUGAGAUUAAGAGAGGCUGAUAACAUUGCUGCCAUGGCUGAACUCCAGCAGCAGAUCUCUGAAUUAGAGAUUCAGAAGGAAGAGGGGAGGGUACAGGGGCAGCUGAACAACACGGACUCCAACCAGUACAUUCGAGACCUCAAAGACCAGAUAACAGAUCUCAAGCACGAGAUCCGCUGUUUAAAAGGGCAGAGAGGCUUACCCGGCCGUACCAAUUUUGAUCGGAUCCACAUCGUCAAUCACUACGGAGGGGACAACGAGUCAUAUCAAUCCUCGGAUGAAGACGCCGUGAAGCUACCGCUUUGCGUGACCCCCCGUCAGGGUGACGGCCGCAUCACACUUCACCCCCAGCUGGAAGACACGGACAGCGAGCCCGACGAGGACGGAGAGAGUCUCAGGCUCACAGUGCCUUCCAACAGCAGCCAUAAGAGCACCACUGUGUGACCACCGACACUACCACCCCUGACUGCAGCCUGUGGGGAAGAGUUCAUAGUCGCAUCCGGAUCCGAAACUGCCAUCCGCUUCUGUACUCAAAAAUUCUGAAAUCUUCUUUACAAACUAAGAAUCAGAAUUUUUUUUUUUUCCUUUUCCUAAAUUCACAUCUGCCUUAUUCAUUUUGUUUUUGCCAAAAUGAGCCAGAUGUUUAUAUUGGAACUUGUCAUUGCAUUUUGGCAAGAAAUCCAGUGGCUUGUUGUGCUUUGUAAAGCCACACUGGACAGGAGCAAAUAAUGAAAGUCCCUAAGACUACACCAGACUCUUCGCCGCCACGCGUCACAUUACCAGAGAUACUUGUGUGAUAUAGUAUUUUAUGCAUUAUGAUAAAGCUUCAUUCUUCUCAUUUUUAUUAUUAUUGUUUUUCUUUUUUCUUUUUUUUUUUUUUCUUUUUAAGAAUAAUCAAAAUCCCACGGUGUACAUUCGUGGGUGUCCAUAAUAUUGAGGGAAACCUUAAAGGUUUUAGGAACACUAUUGUUCAAAUGAACAUAAACCUGCGAAUUAAAAUAGAUUAGUGUCAUAUCAACCAACAUUAACAAUUUUUUUUUUUUUAACCAUAACAUGCAGUACAUCUAAUGACCUUUGACUUUAUGAAAAAACAGCUUGUCAAAGAGCUCACAUCUGUGUGUGUGUGUGUGUGUGUGUGUGUGUGUGUGUGUGUGUGUGUGUAUAAAUAUAUAUAUAUAUAUGUAUAUGUACAUGUUUCGAAUCUCCAUUUUGACUUGAAAGUAUGUAAUGAAUUUCAUAUCCUUGAUGUACAGUGUAAAAUUUGGACGAAAAGGGACAUAAUCACUGCUUUUGGGAGACGUUCGAAUGCAACACCGUGCUCACUUCUAUGUUGUUACUGUACUGUAUCCAGUUCUUGAUUUUACUCUCAGAAUAUCACAAGUUUAUCCUUCUGUUGCCUGCGAAGACAUUAUCGGUUUCUGUAUCACCAAGUUUCUUAAGCAUGUUAGAAAAGGAGCAUGUACCACAUUUUUAGAACAGUUUCACUAAAUAAGGCAAAUAGCAACCCAGCAGGAGAGACUGAACUCCUCCUAGGAGUAUUUCUGUUCGACACCUCAUUCACGUUCAACACAUUUUGUUGCACUUUUGCACAGAACCUACAGAGUGCUCCAAAAGUAUUGGUCAUGGGACACUGGUUGUUUUUGAUCCAUGCUCUUACACAUGGGAUUAGAGGCAGCAAUUACUGGUGGAUUGAUCAAAGAAGUGUACAGUGUAAUUUGUGUGUUACGCCCUGCAUUUCAGGCCACGGCCCCUUUUAAUAUUGAUUAUGUACAAUGAAAUGCAAAGUGUGUAUUUGGAAGUGUCACUUUUUAGUUUUUACAAAACUGUUUAACAGCCAGGUUACAAAAACCAUCAGCGUCCUGUAUAAUGAAGUGCCACCAGUUGCUGUAUAGCUACUUUGCUGUACAAUGUUUUCUGUUCAUCUUAGAAAUUGUUCUGCUGCUACUCUUGGUGAAGGAGUGAACUCCAUAACACUAAUGUCCACCAUGGGUUUUUCGUUAAACUUGACCACAGGUUUUUCCAUCCACACCAUGUUCUUCUUAUAGCACUUUGCGUUUAGCAAAUUAACAACCCUGGCAUUUUGGUUCUCAAACGGUUUUUUUUUGUUGUUGUUUUUUUUGUGCUUUGAUAUAGUUGUACAAAUUAAGUUUCUGCAAGUGUUCUUUUGUUUUUUUUCCUGCAUGUGAUGAAUUGUCACAUCACUACUUACACUAUUGUUUCUUUUUGGUCAUGCAAUAAACAGAUAAUGCUGGCGAGCCUUUUUA